UGUGACUCCAUUCAAUAAGCUUUAGUUGUCCGUAUCAGAAGGGCUGGAUUAAAAUAAUUUAACAUCGCGUUUUAAUAAUUGACUUCACCAUAAAGUAGAAUUUUGAGUUUUUGCCUGUGCACCUGGCACCUCUUGGCAUCAAUAAGUGGAAUAAAACACAUAAGAAAUCUCAAGGACAGUGUACGAAGGGUAUGAUCGAUUUGAAUCUUUGUGGCUUAGAAUUGCAGCUACAAUAAAAUGACCGCAUGUGCUUGCACGGAGAAAACGAAGAAGAUAUGGAUCUUCGGCUGUGGCGGCUUCUUCCUGCUCAUAGGAAUGAUCCUUGCCGUUGUAUGGAGUGCAGUUUCCAUUAAUAUUCUUCACAAUCAACUUGUUCUGAAGAAUGGUUCCCAAACGUACAAUAAUUGGGUGGAGACACCCAUUCCCAUGUACCUGGAAUUCUACAUGUUCAACUGGACCAACCCGGAAAAGAUUAAGGAUUGGCAAACAGAGAAACCGAACUUUGUUCAAUUAGGCCCAUACGUAUUCACGGAGAAGCGCGUACGGGCGGACGUGAAGUUCAAUGCGAACAAUACGGUGUCCUUCAAUCAAACACGAACCUGGCAUUUUGUACCUGAAAUGUCCAAUGGUACCCUCGACGAUGAGGUAACGAAUCUUAACUUAAUCCCAACGACAGUUGCCUACACACUUCGGCAUCAGCACGCUGUUGUCAAGAUGAUCGUGAAUUUCCUGUUCAAAGAGAAGAAUGUCCACAUGACACUAACGAAGAAGGUGCGUGAACUCCUCUUUGAUGGUUACGACGAUCCCGUGUUGGACUUCCUCCGUAAACUCAACAUAUCAGGCUUUGUGAUUCCCUUUAAUCUCGUCGGGUGGUUUGUUGAGCGCAAUGAGAGCUCAACCCACGAUGGACGGUUCAACAUCUACACCGGUGAGGAUGAUAUGGCCAAAUUGGGUGUAAUCGCCAAUUGGAACAACGUUAAUCACACAAACUUCUACCGAGACCACUGUGGCACUGUGUCAGGAACAACCGGAGAAAUUUGGCCACCACUGCCCACGGAUCAAUCCCAGGUGGACAUUGAGAUGUUCACGCCGGAUAUCUGUCGCUCCAUCACGCUAAAAUACGAAAAGCAAAUCGACAAGCUGGGACUCCGAGGAAAUCGCUGGGUUGCCGAUGAGAGAGUUCUGGACAAUGGUUGGAACUACCCACCAGCUUCAUGCUACUGCACCUCCGACAUUGCCUCCUGCCCAGAUCUCCUGCCGGGCGUCCUGAAUGUUUCACAGUGCCAAUUUGGAGCACCGGCUUUCAUAUCUUUCCCCCACUUUUAUCUUGCCGACCAGAGCUACAGGGACGCCAUCAGUGGGAUGAACCCAUCGAAGGAGGAGCACGAAUUCUACAUGGCGCUGGAACCACAAACGGGUAUCCCAUUGGAUAUCCGAGGACAACUCCAGCUGAACCUCAUGAUGACACCCGACGAACAUUUCUCCAUCUUCGAGAAUGUUCCCAAAAUCUUUAUUCCUAUGCUGUGGUUCCGACAAACGGCUAACUUAACGGAAGACUUAGCUAAAACAGCAUGGUGGGCCGUCAACUUGCCAAAUUUCGGACUGUGGAUUGCCUUUGGAAUUCUCGGCGUGGGUGGGAUUUUUGUAAUUGUCGGCAUUGUCCUGACCAUCGCACGUAAAUGGACUUGUUCGUCACGAAGCGACGACGAAGAGCCUCUCCAGUAGGCCAAUCAUACACAUUUCAUCACGAACCAAACACCACCAACGAGUCAAGGCUCGAGUCAAAGUGUUUAUGAGGCAAGAAAACAGCAACUGUGAUAAACUCGCUAUAUAAUAAUGAAACCUAUAUCUUACCAAAACAAAGUCAACCACAAUUACCAGUGCUUGCGGGUGAAGACAAAGAAAAAUCUGCCUUAUCGUGAACUUGUUACUACAUAUAAUGCGGGGUGUUAUCCAUUUUGAUUCAAACAUUACUCCUCCUUUUCUUUUUAUUGCAAUUAAUUGUAUUUCAAUUUAUGGGAAAAAUUGAAGAUUUUUUUUAAAUAAAAAAAAACAUUUUUUUAGGGAAA